CAGCCAUCUGCCUUUCCAGUAUCCGUCCAAGGCCGAGAAAAUAACAAGAUAUGGUCGAAAUUACGAUAAGAAAGCGCUCAAGGACAGAGGCAGCGGUCACUCAAAGGAAAUUCCUGAAGAAGACAGCUCGAGGAAAAGUAAUCAAAGUUUUGCGCGAGAGAUACCUUCGUGACGACGUAUCAUGCGGAAUAGAAAACUGCACGGCAUGCGACUGUGACCACGGAUUGCCAGCCUCUGGCGACGACACGCACAGCGCUUUCCCAGAGGGACAUUUCAUCAUACCGGAUACGAAUGUCUUUCUGUCACAGAUGGAUCUCAUGGAAUCCGACCUUUUCACUCCUCCUAUAAUUCUCCUUCAGACGGUGAUGGAGGAAGUACGACACCGGUCGAUGCCUCUGUACAACCGUCUCAAGGCGCUUACCACAAUGGACGGCAAACAAGUCUGGGUUUUCUAUAAUGAGUAUCGCUCGGAGACCGCUGUCGUGCGUGAAGCGGAGGAGACGCCGAAUGAUCGUAACGACAGAGGUAUACGCAAGGCCACAGCCUGGUACAGCUCGCAUCUGUCGGUCACUCGGCCACCAAUCAGAGGCAAAACGCAGCCCAAAAUUCCGCAGGUCGUCUUGCUCACGGCAGAUGCUGCCAACCGCGAGAAGGCACAGAAGGAGGGCCUAACCUGCUUAUCUAUCAAGAAGUAUGUCGAGGGUAUGCAGCAGGCGACACAGCUGCUCGAUCUCUUGUCAUCAUCUGAGGAAGAGAUUGAGCCCACCCGCGCCGCGGCUGGUCGUCAGGCGUUGUACCCAGAGUAUCUACCACAAGCUGCGCUAAUUGCCGGUGUCAAAGGAGGCAUGCUCCACCAAGGGAACUUCAACGCCAAUCCGUUCAACUACCUGGAAGGCUCAGUAAACGUGCCUGCUUUCUCCCAGCCGAUCCUGCUUGUCGGCCGUGAGAAUAUGAACCGAUCUGUCCAAGGCGACGUUGUCGUGGUUGAGGUCUUCGACGAGAGAGAGUGGAAGGCUCCUGCCGACGAGGUGGUCGAUGCCGAGACCAUGCUUAAGGACGACGACGCCGAGGAUGACGAUGAUGAAGAGGGCGAUGAGGAGAAUGCGGAAGUCAUCGCGCGCGAGUCUCGCAUCCUCAAGAGCGAGCAACGCUCGGCUGAGAAGCAGCCCACCGGGCGCGUCGUUGGCAUCAUCAAGCGCAACUGGCGCAGCUACGUCUGCCACAUCGACCGCGCCUCCCUCUCGAACGCCGCGGCGACCUCGCACGCCCUCCAAUCCGUCUUCGCGCAGCCCACCGCGCGCCAACUCCCGCGCAUCCGCAUGCGCACGCGCCAGGCCCCCCGCCUUAUCGGGCAAAAGAUCCUCGUCACCAUUGACCGCUGGGACGCAACGUCACGGUACCCGGAGGGGCACUUCGUGCGCGCGCUCGGCGCGGUUGGGGGCAAGGAGACUGAGCAGGAGAGUCUGUUGCUCGAGUUUGAUGUGCCGUAUCGGCCGUUUGGUGCCGCGGUGCUGUCGUGUCUGCCACCUGAGGGCGAUUCGUGGGUCGUACCGCCGCGCCCGGAUGAUACGGCGGUGGACAAGGGCGCGUGGAGGGAUAGAGAGGAUCUGCGUGGGGAGAUCAUCUGCAGCAUUGAUCCGCCGGGUUGUCAGGAUAUCGACGACGCCCUGCAUGCGAAGCAGCUUCCCAACGGCAACAUCGAGGCUGGCGUCCACAUCGCGGACGUAUCUCACUUCGUUCUACCCGACAAUGCCAUGGAUCACGAAGCGGCGUCGCGUGGCACGACCGUAUAUCUCGUUGACAAGCGUAUCGACAUGCUGCCGUCGCUUCUAGGCACCAAUCUGUGCUCAUUGCGUCCUUUCGUCGAGCGCUUGGCGUUCUCUGCUAUCUGGGAGCUCACUCCGGAGGCCGAGAUCGUCAAUGUGCGCUUCACGAAGUCAGUCAUCGCGUCGAAGGCUGCUUUCACCUACGAGGAGGCGCAGAUCCGCAAGGAUGAUGUGCAUCAGCAAGAUGCCCUCACCAACUCCAUCCGCCUCCUCAACAGCCUCGCCAUCAGGCUCAAGGCCAAGCGCAUGGCCGCAGGCGCCCUCAACCUCGCUUCACCAGAAGUCAAGAUUCACCUUGACAGCGCCGAGUCCUCCGACCCCAUCGACGUCGAACAGAAGGAGCUGCGUGAGACGAACAGCCUCGUCGAGGAGUUCAUGUUGCUCGCCAAUAUCAGCGUCGCGCGCAAGAUUCAGGAGACGUUCGUGCAGACGGCUGUACUCAGACGCCAUCUUCCACCGCCAAGGGACAACUUCAAGAACUUGCAAGACAUAUUAAAGAAGCGCAAGGGUCUUGAGCUCGACGUGUCAUCGUCUGGUGCGCUGGCCGCCUCGCUCGACAAGUGCAUAGAUCCCAACGAGCCCGCCUUCAACACGCUCGUGCGCAUCAUGGCGACCCGCUGCAUGCUGUCGGCCGAAUACUUUGCCGCGGGAAGCGUCGCGCGCGAAACUUACGGCCACUACGGUCUCGCCAGCGAGAUUUACACGCACUUCACCAGUCCAAUCCGGCGUUACGCGGACGUCCUCGUCCACCGCCAACUGUCCGCGGCCAUCGGGCACACGCCGCUGCACCCGACGCUGCACAACAAAAGUCACGUCGAGCGCAUCCUCGAUGUUGUCAACAGGCGACAUACGAUGGCGCAACGCGCGGGUCGCGCCAGCGUGGAGUUCUAUGUCGGCCUUGCGCUGCAGAAUCGCGGGGAGAAGGGGCGCGUGCAAGAGGACGCGUUCGUCAUCCGCGCCUUCAGGAAUGGCUUGGGAGUGUUUGUGUCCAAACUCGGCCUCGAAGGCCUCGUCACUUUCAAGCAGGACGUCGAGUUCGACGCCGAGAACUACGCCGUCACCAUCAAUGGCGUUCGCAUCUCCGUCUUCGACCGCGUCUCUGUCGUCAUCGAGGUCGAGAAGGACAAGAAUACGCAGCGCGGCAAGGUCGAGAUGACGCUCGCGGAGCCGGUCAGCUCGGAGGGGAUGUGAGGGCGACACUGGAUCGCGAAUGGGAGCACGAGAUUGCAAGCGCUAGCACGCACGAGAUCGUGAGUGAUCACUGACUCCAUAGAUCGCGAUGGGUCUAUAGAGGGAGUAGAUAACGCAAGGGCGCCUACGUCAAAUCCUACGCAAAGGCUAUCUGCCUUAUAUUGACCUGUAUCCGUCAGUCGAUGUGGCUUGUCUGGCCGACGUGGCUUCUGUCCGCC